AUGACAAGCACUGAUCAUGAUGACAACUGGGAUCUCAGUCCAGCUUCGACUCUAGUGCGUGUGGCGGCCAUCAGCCGGCCGAGCCUUGAGCAGCCUCUUGAAAUCUGUGUCGAUACCGCUGCCGAUGAGUCUUGUCUCCCGUUGAGCUUCGGUCGCGUUGGAUCCCGUGCUUCAGGUGAACCACCCUUGGUUGAUUGCCAAGGCAAUGCCAUCCACACCAAAGGCAGUAGGCUGGCUACGCUUGAAGCUUCAGGGGUUGAGCUGAUGGAACGCUGGGUUGUUUCUCCGGUUGCUCAGCCGAUCUUAGCUGCGGGAAAGAUGAUGAAACAAGGUUGGAGGUUUGUCGACUUUGAUGAUCUUGGCAUGUGCUUCACCAGCCCUGGCCAUGAAGCUAGGAUUCCUGUGGGGUACAGCAACAACACGCUAGUGUGCAGCGGCGUAGUGCGAGCCAUCAGCGAGGCCGGGCCCUCCCAGGUUUGUGCCGUGAAAGUGCGACUGUCUGGGUUGCUGGACCGCUUGCUUAAUAAUGCCGAGUACUUUCAGGAGAUUGCCCCCGGUGUGCAUGCCACAACCCUCACUUCUCAGCACCAUGUUGACUUGGGCCUGUAUCUUCCUUACGAAGGCCUUGCGUAUCGCACCACGUUGGUGAAAGCUGAUGGGGACUGGGUUCUUUCAGAGCUUUCGUCUUCCAUUGCAGAACUAGAUGACGCAACCAGCCAGGUCGCUGAGCAUGCUGUGGAAAUGAUUGUGUUCGGGCACCGGGAGCCCUUGUCUCCGAGUGAGCUAGGCUUCGUCACUGACAUUCCCGCGCUUGAUGCACCUGCCCCUGCUCCCAGAGACGUUCCGCUUGACCCUUUGAUCGAGGAUCUCUCAGGAGAGACCGAAGGGGCUGCAGUUGAAGGAGCCGGCGGGGCUCAAGCUGAGCCACCGGGCGGGGACAGUGAGCGUGCUGACGCUGCUAUGCUUGGAGCGCUCGCUGAUGAGAGCGAGUCACGACGUGACACGAUCGUUGUCGAUGAUGUGGAGCUGAGUCUUAACAGUACCUUGUCAGUGCUUCGCCGAGCUUGCCAGAGCUUGGGGAUAGGAAAGUCAGGAUCCAAAGCAGUUGUGUUCCAGCGGUUGUGCAAUCAGCUUGACCGGCUCAAGUUGAUUGAAGCAAGUCGUGCCACGGAGGUUCCGAAUUCACCUGUGCCCCACGUGCCGGCGGCACCAAAGGAACCUACGCCAGAGCAGAGACGGGCCCACGAAGCCGUCCAUGCCCCUUUCGAGGCUUGGUGCAGCCACUGCGUAGCCUUUAAAAGCCGCGAUGAUAUGCACAAGGCAGCGAGCAGCGACCGCAAGUUCCCUGUGAUAUCUUUCGACUACGGCUUUACAAGCCGAUCUGAAACCGACGGCCCGCAUGAAAAGCUUACCUUUCUGUGCCUCCACGACUCAGAGAGCGGCUGGCGCGAAGCGCUGCCGGCUCCGGCCAAGGCCGGUGUCCACGACGGCAUCAACGUAACCAGCUAUUUGGCCGCGGAAAUAUGUAGGUUGCUUAGUCUGCUUGCAUAUCCGAAUGUGGUGCUUCAGUGUGAUCCUGAACCAGCAUGUCUCAAGCUGCGCGACGAGGUGCGCCGCAUGCGAUCGCAGAUGGGUCUGAAGACCACAGUUCGUCAGACGCCUGAAGGCAGUCACGCCUCGAACGGCGGCGCGGAGGUUGCUGUCCAGACGCUUCGGCAGCAGGCCAACACCAUCUUGGCGAUGUACGAAGCGGAGACGAAACUUAAAGUCGGGACGUUCCACCCUCUACAUGCCUGGAGUCUUCGCCACGCCUCAUGGAUUUUGAAUCGGUUUGUGCUCCGACCAGGCGGCCUCACGCCCUUUGAGAUAAUCCACGGCAGGCCAUACCAGGGCAAGGUGGUGCCGUAUGGUGAGACGGUGAUGGGGUUGGUUUCGCCAGGUCCCAAGGGAAAGCCCCGAUUCAUCCAGGCCAUCAUGUUGGGGAAAUGCGUUCCGAACGAUGAGUUUAUCCUGUGCUCAGGAGCAGGCAAGUUGAUGCUUGCACGGACCAUCCGUCGUCUUGCAAAUGGAUUCACCCCUGCCUUGCACGACAGUGUCCGCGACUCCCCGUGGCGCCAUCCUGGGUUCGUAGCAGGUUCCCUAGGUAGGUCCCGGACCCAACGCAAGCCCAAUGUUCCUCCCGUGAGUGGUGAGGUAGCCCCUAGUGCAAGGGAUCAACUUGGUGGGGUUUCAGAUGUGCUUGCCGAGCUCACAGCCCCACCUGAGACUGGCCGAGAACUUGAGGAUGAUGGUGACUACAGCCCAUCGCAAGUUGCUGGCUCUGACUCAGGGUCUUCCGAGUCAGCUUCUCGUGACGUUACUGCCAGCCCUGCUGCUGAUGCUUUGCUAGGGCCUGACCUGUCUCUGCCCACAGCUUCUGCCCCCGCUGCCGCUGCAGCAGGCCCGCAUUCUGCGAUGAUAGAUGAUCAAGGCAAUGCCGAUGCAGGGGACCCGAUGCAGGUUGACGCUGCCAUCUCCGACGCAAGAGAGCAUCCUCCACCAAUUGGGGAUGAAGGCAGUUCUGGUCCCGAGCCCAAGCGUGCAAGAAUUGCAGCAGCCACCGUGUGCGGAGUUGAGUACCAUCAUGCUGAUGAUGACUUCGAAGCAGCAUUCUCUCCAGAGGACAUUGAAGGCAUCAAUGAUCUUGAUGAUGUCGGGUCAGAUGAUGGUGAUGAAGGUGAGAAUGACUUAUCGCCUCCUGAAGAGCUGUACCGGCCCUUCUCGCCGCAUGAGCCUUCCUUGAGUCCCGAUGAGCUUGCAGCUCUCGAUGCUUUGUGUGAGAAGCAUGAAGUCGACCGGCUUAAAGCCAUGGGUGUGUUACACCAGCUUGACGGUGACAUUCAAGAUUGCAAAUCCCUUACAGUUAAGUUCGUGCAUACGUGGCGGCCCAAGGUGCAUCCCUCUGGCCAUCCAGUGUGGUUGAGGCGAGCACGGCUCGUCGCAAGAGAAUUUCGAUUUAGGGAUCCGAUGCGCGAAGGCUUGUAUAGCCCGGCGUCGCAGACAAUCUUGAUAAGACUCCUCCCGAGCUUGAACAUGUCACGCCAGGGGUAUGUGUUGUUGAGCUGUGAUAUCUCUGAUGCUUAUCUGACUUGCGAGCAGCCAUGCCGCACCACAGUGUCACUUCAUAACACUAAGUAUCUCUUGGCAUACAUGCUUCCAGGACAGCGCGACGGGAGUGCGGUUUGGUUUCGGACAUUCACCAACCAUUUGAUUGCUGAGGGCAACAUCACACUAUGGCCCGGAUGCGAGGCACUCUUUUCGCUUCGCAACCGCUCCGGCGGUGGACUCUUGCAUGUUGAUGACUUGCUGGGUUCAGGGGAACAUGAAGAGCUUCAAAGGCUUGCAGCAGUCAUAGAGGCCAAGUACAAGUGCACAAUUGAAUGGUUGGUGCGCGAAGGUGACAGCCUACAUUUCUUGAAGCGCAAGCAUAUUUUGGCCCGCGUGUCGCUAUUCCGCUCGUGCAUAGGUCAAGGUAUCAAGGCCCAGUGCGAUACCGGCGCUGACAUCCUCGAGCUGUUUACGGACAGCGACUGGGCGAGCGACCGCACCACUCGCAAGAGC